CAGUGAUUUUGAUCGAAUGCGCUAUGCACCUGGGUGUGCACGCGUUCAUUAAUACGAAGUGACCAUCGAAAGGGUUUGCCAGCGGAAACAAGUGGAAACGCACUGGAAGCGGCAUUGGGAGAGAAGGUGCCGCCUUCAGCCUCAGGAGCAGGCUUGGGCUGCAUUCCACUGUGUUUUCACCAUGUGGAUUCUCAAAGCAAGCAGAAUCCGUGGCGUCGGGCUGAGCUGGCUGCCAUCUGUUCCACUUUUGUCUGAUGUGCUAGCUGGUGGUUCACAACCUGGGGUGCCUGAUCGGCUUUUCUCCAAUGGGAAGGCAUCCAUUAGCAGUGCCUCAGCUGCAUCCAGCCAGACCGCUGCCAUCAAGCAGCUGCGGGAGCGAACGGGUGCGCCCAUGCUGGACGUGAAGAAGGUGCUUGCGCAGUGUGCUUGGGAUCAAGAUGCCGCCUUCACCGAGCUUCGCAAGAAGGGCCUAGCAGCUGCCAGCAGAAAGACGUCCCGAACUGCCGCCGAGGGUCUGGUUGGCGUCUCACACGACGCCCACUCAGCAGUGGUCGUCGAGCUGAACAGCGAGACCGACUUUGUGGCCCGCAACCCGAAGUUCCAGGCCUUGGUGCAAUCGAUCGCAGAGGCAGCCAAAACGGCGGGAACGAGUGAGGAAGGAGCUGGCGGGGCGGCGAGCGGUGUUGUUUCUGAUUUGGAGUCAAGUAAGCUAGAUGCUCCACCAGCGGGCCUCACUGCUGCAACAGUCGGCGAUGCUGUCAAGGAGCUAGCUGCGACGGUGGGGGAAAACGUGCGGCUUCGACGAGCCUUCCGGCUAGAGUCCCCGUCCGGCAUAGUUGCCUCGUACCUGCAUACCAGCCCACAACCAGGUCUCGGCCGGAUAGCAGCCCUCGUCGCCCUCCACACCUCCGAACCCCCCGCCUCUAGUUCCGCCCUCCAAGACCUCGGCUCCAAGCUGGCCAUGCACAUCGUAGCUGCGCGCCCGGUCGCCGUAACGCGAGAGGGCGUCCCCGAGGAAGCAUUACAGCGCGAGCGGGAGAUCUUGCGGGCGCAAGCACAGCAGUCCGGGAAGCCCGAGUCGGUGGUUGCCAAGAUGAUCGAGGGCCGGUUACGGAAAUUCUACGAGGACGUCGUACUGCUCGAUCAAAAGCUAGUCAUGGAUGAGAGUAAAAAGGUCAGCAAGUUGCUUGAGGAGGCCAGUAGAGAAGCGGGGUCGCAGAUUACGGUCACAGGGUUCGUGCGGGUUCAAGUAGGAGAGGGGAUUGAGAAAGAGGAGAAAGACUUUGCGAAAGAGGUUGCGGCGCAAGCGAGCAAGAGCGCAUGAUUAAGGUUUACCAAAGAAGACACUAUUACUGGGACUGUUGAGCCUGCUGCGAAACAUUGAUGUGCUGAAUGAGUGACUACGGAACUCGAGGACCGUUUAAGCAACUCCGACUCGACCAUCUUUUGCUUCUUACUGAGCUUAAAUAAUUGUAUGCAUUGAUGGGUUAUGUGAUGUAUACUAACC